CCGCGCCGCUUUGAAGCGGGCUCGGCGGCGCCCUCCCGCUCAGAGCCGGCGGCGCCCGCCAUGGUGCAGCCCGAGGAGCAGGCCCGGCUCUACCCGCCGCGGCCCGAGCUGCUGCCGGCGGCUCACGUCCCCUCGCUGCCCCACUACGAGCGCCUCUACCAGCGCUCCGUGGAGGAGCCGCAGGAGUUCUGGGGCGACAUCGCCAAGGAGUUCUACUGGAAGCGCCAGCACCCGGGGCCCUUCCUCAAGUACAACUUCGAUGUGACCAAGGGGAAGAUCUUCAUCGAGUGGAUGAAGGGGGCGACGACCAACAUCUGCUACAACCUCCUGGAUAGGAAUGUCGGCGAGAAGAAGCUCGGCGACAAGGUCGCUUUUUACUGGGAAGGGAAUGAGCCUGGGGAUUCCAUGAAAAUCACCUACAGUGAGCUGCUGCACAAAGUCUGUCAGUUUGCCAAUGUCCUCCGCGACCAAGGUGUGAAGAAAGGAGACAGAAUUUCCAUCUACCUGCCGAUGAUCCUGGAGCUGGUGAUAGCCAUGCUCGCCUGUGCCAGGAUCGGGGCUCUUCACUCCGUUGUGUUUGCAGGUUUCUCAGCGAACUCUCUUUGUGAGCGGAUUCUUGACUGCGGUUGUUCUCUCCUCAUUACGGCAGAUGCCUUUUAUCGAGGAGACAAGCUGGUCAACUUGAAGCAGAUUGCAGAUGAAGCCCUCCAGAAAUGUAAAGACAAGGGCUCCCCGUUGAAAAAAGUCAUUGUGGUGAAGCACAUGGGCAGGGAGGAGAUCGCAGCAGAUGGGACGUGCAGCAAGUCUCCCCCUCUCAAAAGGCUGUGCCAGGACGUACAGGAAAAAAAGGCUGAGAGCCCACAGAGACUCCAUCCCAAGGCUGAGAAAGGAGCUGCUGGAGUGGGAGUUGCAGCUCUGGUGCACGGUUUGCAGCGAGCAGCUCUGGGCAGUGGCCGUGCUACCCCCUGGAACCCAGGCACGGACAUGUGGUGGCAUGAGCUGAUGAACGGUGCCAGCACGGAGUGCGAGCCCGAGUGGUGUGACGCGGAGGACAAACUCUUCAUUCUCUACACCAGCGGCUCCACGGGGAAACCCAAGGGCGUGCUGCACACCGUGGGCGGGUACAUGCUUUAUGCUGCCACCUCCUUCAAGUACGUCUUCGAUUACCAGCCUGAGGAUGUGUACUGGUGCACGGCUGACAUCGGGUGGAUAACGGGCCAUUCCUACCUCACCUACGGACCCCUGGCCAACGGGGCCACCAGCGUGCUCUUUGAAGGUGUCCCCACCUACCCGGACAUCGGGCGCAUGUGGAGCAUUGUUGACAAGUACAAGGUGACCAAGUUCUACACAGCACCCACAGCCAUCCGGCUGCUGAUGAAGCAUGGGGAGGAGCCCGUUAAAAAGCACAGCAGGAAGUCUCUGAAGGUGCUGGGGACCGUCGGGGAGCCCAUCAACCCUGAAGCCUGGCUGUGGUACUACCGCGUGGUGGGAGAAGAGAGGUGUCCCAUCGUGGACACGUUCUGGCAGACAGAGACGGGUGGCCACAUGCUGACGUCUCUCCCUGCUGCCACCCCCAUGAAGCCAGGCUCUGCUACGUUCCCCUUCUUCGGCGUGGUCCCUGCCAUCGUGAAUGAGUCGGGGGAAGAGCUGGAAGGAGAAGCAGAAGGCUACCUGGUAUUUAAGCAGCCCUGGCCAGGAAUAAUGCGCACGCUGUACGGAAACCACCAGCAAUUUGAAACCACCUACUUCAAGAAGUUCCCUGGGUACUACGUGACAGGCGACGGUUGCAGGAGAGAUAAGGAUGGUUAUUACUGGAUCACAGGGCGAAUCGAUGACAUGUUGAAUGUUUCUGGCCACCUGCUGAGCACCGCGGAGGUGGAGUCGGCCCUGCUCGGGCACGCCGCUGUCUCCGAGGCUGCUGUGGUCAGCCACCCGCACCCCCUGAAAGGGGAAUGUCUCUACUGUUUCGUGACCCUGAAGGACGGCCACGAGUUCAGCAAGAACCUGGCAGACGAGCUGAAAAAACAAGUCCGGGAAAAAAUUGGACCGAUAGCAACGCCGGAUUACAUCCAGUAUGCCCCCAGCCUGCCCAAAACCCGUUCAGGAAAGAUCACCCGACGGAUAUUAAGGAAGAUUGCCCAAAAUGACAGAGACGUGGGGGACAUCUCCACCUUGGCCAACCCAGGCAUCAUAAACCACCUUUUCAACAGCAGAUGCGACACUAAACUGUAGCAGCAGGAGCUGUCCCAGCUGAGCAGGGCUGUAGCAGCAGCGGUAUCCUGAUGAGCAGGUCCCUCAAAUAACCACUGACUGCCCUGGGAGAGAACCCUUCACCCGGUGAAUCGAAUGUACAAAUAUUAGAGAUGAAGGAAAGGCUGGCCCCGGAGAGAGGCAGCACCUCGUGGGCACGGCCCUGCCUUGGAGGAGCACACGCGUUGUGUCGCAGGUGGGAAUCAUCCACCUGAGCUUCGGCCUCGUUCACGCAGGGACUUGUGCUCCUCUGUUUUUCAUCACCUUGUCCUUGAUUUAUUUUUAUUUUUGUUCUUUUUGGGAGGGGAGAUGAGGUGUUAAUUAUUAACUUUAUGUCACUGAGGGGCCCUGGUGUCUUCCCCUUAGUGGGGAGGAACUGGGGGGUUGUAGGGGAAGUGGUACUGGAGUUACUUAAUGCAGGCAGACGGGGGCGGUUCAGCUGCCACUGCCCACACACUGAGUAAGCUUCCUUUCCUUCUCAGGCUGCUGUGAGCUGAGGAAAGACUUAAAAACACUUUCACAUCGUAACUACAACUGAGUUUUAGUCUUGUAUCCACUGUCCAAGCUGGUUGCUAGCGGAGGUCCCCUAGCCUGAAAGGGAGUGAGGCAAGGCUGGGGGGAGCUCUGUGCUUUGGGUGGAUUUUGUUUAAGCUCACUUGUACCAAGAUCUGCUACAUCUACCUGCAGGGUAGCAGCUGGUUUUAUUUUUCAAGCUGGUUUUAUUUUUCACAACCCAGGCUCCUUUGCUCUGGCUGCGGAAACAGGGACCCAGAGGCCAGGGGUUUGAUCUAAUGUGCUCCACCGAGAGCUGCUGCCACCAGCUGUGGGCUCAGCCUGGAACAGCAAGGAACUCAAGGUACACGAGGCUGGGUUAGGCCUAGGUGACUUCUUAUCAGGAAAAAAGAAGUUUAAAGCCACCUUGUGCUUUAAUCUGAUGUGGCUUUAUGAUGAUGAGAAAAAACACCUCCAGCUUCAGAGUCUGAGCAGCACCAGGUACUGCCACAGCCACCGUUUCCUCUUCCCAUCGCUCACGCUGCCCUCCAGCCCUGGGCUGUGCUGGGAGCUGCUUCCCUGUGCUGUGUGUAAUGAGAUCACAUGGGAGCUGUUGGAAUUCCUACACUCAAACCAAAGGAGAAAUGGGCUUUAAAUCUUGCUGCAGCAGCUGUUUAGCAAAUGCCAUCCUACAGCCUCUGCCUGUAACCUGAGCUGACUUUUGGUGGGGCUGGAGAGGAGGCAGGGACUCUUCCAGGGCUCAGGGUUGGUGCAGGUGCCCUGGGGGCUGUUGUCCAAGCCUUGUUUCUUACCUGCUGCUCCCACCGGCAUGGUACUUGUCUGUGAUCUGUAAUGUCAGUCGUGUGUCCCGUGUGCCACCCGCUGCUCUGUGCCACCUCUCCGACAAGGAUUCCUACAUCUGCUCUCCUCCUAUGUUACUAUGGGUCUGCUAUGUAAUUUUGGCUGGAGACAGCUAGAAUUCUAUGCAAAAUGGAAUAAAAUGCAAGGAAAUAAAAUGGAAGCGGACUUAAAGCA